AUGGUGAUUGAUACUGAAGAAGAGGCCAUCUCUGAGUUCCUAGAAGCACUAGAGGUGGAACCAAAGCCAUUCGGAUCAAAGCCAAAGAAGUCAAAGAUUCAAAUCAAAAAUGUUGCUGAAGUACCAGACUCACGACGUGAGCCCGAUAUGCUCACGUCGUGGGCUAAGUCUGAACAGAAAUUUUUUGUAAAUGUUCUGCCUUAUAAACCGCCUUUACCAUUCCCGUAUCGAGCUAAUCUCAACCCACUAGAAAGGGAACAUCUGGAGUUUAUCAAGCAAGUAAAGGAAUGUGCUAAGUUCCUUCAAAACCUUAUAGACACUCAUCAGCAAUUAAAGAAGAACUCCAAAGUUAUUCUUAGUGAAAAAAGCUCAAGAGUUGUAUUGGGGGAAAUACCUAAGAAGAUGGGAGAUCCUGGACGCCUCACUCUUCCAUGUGAUUGUGGAAACAGUUUGAAGACUUAUGCUUUAGCCGAUUAUGGGGCUAGCAUAAACUUGAUUCCAUACUCAUUCUAUCAAAAGCUGAAUAUUCAGAAAAUGAAGGCUACAAAGAUGACCAUCCACAUGGCCAAUCGUUCGGUGACGCACCCAAGGGGAAUCGUAGAAGACAUCCUUGUUAAAAUUGGGAAAUUUGUUUUCCUGGUUGACUUUGUGCUUAUGGAUAUGAAGGAGGAUGUAAAUGUCUUAAUCAUUCUUGGUCGCCCUCUACUAAAUACUACUAGGGCUUUAGUAGAUGUUAGUGAAUCCAAGCUCACAUUGAGGGUUGGUAAUGAUGACGAAGAUUUUGGAAUACAAGAUUGA